AUGGCGUGCGCGAUGACGAUUGCGAUGGUGGUCUCCAUGACGGCCGCGCCGGACGUCGCGAACGCGCUCGAGGCGAAUGAACGCGAAUCUGCAUUCGUGAGCGGGUUGUUGGCGAAGAGCGAGGCCAAGCGGGACGAGCGCGCCAAGGAACGCUUGGACGCUUACAACAAGAAGAACUUCGGCGACUACUUGGCGUGGCAGCAGGGCGACAAGGCUCUGAUGGAUCCGUCGAAACUUUCUGAUAACGAUCGAGCGAUAGCAAAGUAUUUGGAAUCAAUCAAGUAG